AAUAGAGAAAAAUUUUAGGCAUACUAUAAUUAUAUAAUUUUGGAUAUUAUUUUUCGGACAUAAUUUAUUUUUAUAUCUUUAACAAAUAGAUUUGUUAAUUACUAAUUAAUAUAAAAAUUAUUAGUUUAAAAAUUUUAUUAAAAUGUCAGAGACUCAGGACCCGUUACAUGAAUAUAAACUACAGCAGAAAGAGAACUACGAAGAACGUAAUCUCAUGAAAGUUGGAACACAUGUCCUUCAAGACGAUGUUUACACCGCUCUAGAUCCCAACGAUAAUUUAACAGGAUCUGUAUACUCCAUCUCAGACUACAAUCAAAGGAGCACUGGGAAUGUUUUUUCUGUGUUUUUUUCAUCAUUAAAGGAUAAAAUGACACGUCUAUCUGAUUUUGUGGUUCCAAGUUACUCGUCACUUACACCUGCGGAAGCGGCUUCUUCCACGGCCUUUUUCGGAGUUUUACUCUUUGUCUUCAUCUUCUGCAUCCUAUCGCUCUUUUAAAUUCUAAUAUUAUUUUCAACCGUGGA